UAGGCUCAAAAAAGAGGAGCCAACUCAUCUAAUGUUGGCCAAAAGAACACCCUGUAAUCUACUGUCAUCAAUUGUCCUUUCUCCUCAUGUCAGAUUUCCUUCUGUCUUUGCAUUCCUCCGUCCCCCUUUUCCAUUCGAAGUGUACCCUUGUUUUUCUCCCCAAUACUCACCAUUUCUGACUUUUUCUUAUAUUUUUCCGUUCAAAAAAUCUUCAUAGUCAUAGACAUUGUUUUUAACUCCAAAACCAAACUUAUUUAGUACCCUUCAAAGCAGCGGCUUCCCCUACCUACCACUCCACACCUUCCAUGGCUUCCUCUUUCUCCCCUCUGAUCUACUUUCUUCCCCUUCUAUUACUUGACCCUCUAUUCAGCCAAGCCAAUCUCCACCGUUCGAAAACCCUCCUCAAAUCAUCCCUUAUGUCCCAACCAUCAACCAAUGCCACCAUCCCUCCAACUCUCUUUUUUGAAGUCACCAAACCCAUCAAUGUCCCAAACACCAACCCUUGUACCCUGUCUGUUCUGCAACAUGACUUUGGUUUCACUUAUGGGAAACCUCCUGUUUUGGCAAACUACAACUUUCCAUCUGAUUGCCCGCAUCAGGAAUUUUCCAGGAUUGUCCUGGAGUGGAAUGCCACGUGUAAAGGAAGACAAUUUGACAGGAUUUUUGGUGUUUGGUUAUCUGGGGUGGAACUUCUCAGGAGCUGCACAGCUGAGCCUAGAGCUACUGGGAUUGUUUGGAGUGUCAAAAAGGAUGUAACAAGGUAUUCUUCAUUGCUUUUAUUGAACAAGACUCAAACUUUUGCUGUUUAUUUGGGAAAUCUUGUUGAUCAAACUUAUACUGGUGUUUACCAUGUCAAUGUAACUAUUUAUUUUUACCCUGCUGUGGAAAAAGUGAAUCAUUUUGACGAAAAGUGGGAAAAUUUAGGGUCUGGGGUUGGUUCUCAGGCUGAUUUGAUCAUACCCUUUUCACGGGAUUUGCCAUUGAAUGAUGGUUUAUGGUAUGAGAUUGAGAAUGCUACUGAUGUUAAAGUGAAGGAAUUUGAAAUUCCUCAGAAUGUUUAUCGGGCUGUGUUGGAGGUAUAUGUGUCUUUUCAUGAGAAUGACGAGUUUUGGUAUGGAAAUCUUCCGAACGAGUAUAUUGCUGCUAAUAAUCUUACAGGUUUCGCAGGGAAUGGACCUUUUAGGGAAGUUGUGGUUAGUUUGGAUGGUGAAGUGGUUGGUGCUGUCUGGCCUUUUACUGUCGUUUACACAGGAGGAAUUAAUCCUCUCUUGUGGAGACCCACUAGUGCUAUUGGUUCAUUUGAUCUUCCUACUUAUGAUAUUGAAAUUACCCCAUUUUUGGGGAAUAUAUUGGAUGGGAAAACCCACAAACUAAGUUUUGGUGUUACAAAUGCCUUGAAUGUGUGGUAUAUUGAUGGCAAUUUGCAUCUAUGGUUAGAUAGUAAGAGCGCAAAGACUGAUGGGAAGCUGUUGCAGCAUGAUGUUGUUCCGCUUGGUGUUUCUUCUGUGUCAGAUUUUAAGGGUUUAAAUGGAACAUUUGUUACAAAUACAACCAGGUUCAUAUCCUCAACUGGAUGGGUCAAGUCUACUUAUGGAAUGGUCACAACUACAUCCAUUCAAAAUUUAAGUUAUAGCAACUCCAUGGUGAUGGGCAAGGAUGGAAAUCUGCAGAUUGUGAAUCAGACAAUCCAUUUUGAUGACUUUGUUUAUGUGAAGAUGCCGGCCUCUAAUGUCAAAUCAGAGAAAUCACUCAAGAGGUUUCUUUUCUACUUAUACUCUGACAAUCUUGAUCAAGGAAACGGAACUUCAUUGUCUGUAGCUAAUUUUACAUUGGGAUUUAAUGAGAAGAAGUUUAAAGAUGCUGAUGCCAGGUCGCCCAACAGUUCACUCAGGAAUUUGCAGGAAGGAAAUGGUGUUAUGGUUGUAAAGGACAACCUGGUUGUCAGCGGAGUGGCAAGUACCCAACAAACAUACAAUUAUGAUGGCAGUAAAUUUUGCUACUUUAGGAACGUAAGCAGCUCAAACUACACCAUUCUUUAUGAUGAAGUGAGAAACACAUGCAAUAAGAGAACAAAUUCUCAUUUUGGAUUUGGCCUUUAUAGAUGGUGGCCUUUUCUUGAUCGAAAAGCUUUUCUAGAAUCUCAUGUAAUUGAUCCAAACGGAAAUUAGUAAUUUGACUCUUUUGCUGCUUGAGUUGGUUUAUGUGGAGUUCUCCAAUUAGAUCUUUCUAGACUCCUGCAUGUGGAUGCUCCAAAUAUAUUGUAAGUGUUUCCAUUUCUUUAAAAAUUCAUUGUGAAGACGGAUGAAUUUGUAAAUACUCCUGUAUCCUUUCUCUUUUCACUUUUUUGCUGCUGAAUGAACUUUGGUGUUUCUUUUAAUUGGAUUUUAGUUUGACUCUUCAUCCUAACCCUAAGCUUUUAUGAUAUAUUACUUGACUUGCACCAGAGAUUAGUUUAUAAUGGACUUCUUUAAGUUUUAUGAAGUAGAAUUUUGCAACUGAAUGCCAAGUAUAUUCUAGCUGAUUCAAGAUCUAAGUAUAUUCAGAGAUUUCUGGUGUAUUAUACUUCCAUCCAUUGACUUUAUAGCAUGUUUAAUAUUCUGUCUCAAUUAUUCCAGAAUAAUCUAGUUGAAGUGAAAUUUUGAUCAUUUAUCUUUGCCAUUUAUCUUUGCCAAUCCAAGACUCUAGCUGGUGCUAUGUUAAGAGUAUGUGGCAGGCACUACUUGUGCAACUGCCAGAUAUAUGUAUAAUAAUGGAAAGGUCAUUUUUUCUAACAUAGCAAAAAUAUGGUUACUGUGUUUCCUUUUUGCCAUCACUAUUCUUUGUCAACAAUAAUAUCUUUCAUUUGGAUUGUAAACUUUUAUGUCACUUGUUCCUCACAUGGUCAUGUAUAUUCUUUGGUCUUCAAUCUGAAGUUCAUUAUCUAAGUACUGUUAGGGCUGUGUAUGUUCUUUGUAAUGGCUGUUGCAUUUAUGCCAUCAGUUGUCUUGCUAAAAGACAUUGUCCUAAAAGAUUUUUCCAGUUAUUCAUAAUGUAUCACAGAAUAGGACAGAAAAAGAAGUGGUUUAGUAGCCAGUAGACACUGGAUUGGUGCUUAUUUGAGUAAUAUUUACUGAUUAACGGCCUCGAGGAUUAUCAUUUCUUCCUCGUACUUGUUUAUUCACUGAGCAUCAUUGUAAAACUAGAAUCUCUGUUAAUUAUUCAUGAUGGUUGCUGUCAAUUUUGUCCAACAUUAUAGUACUUGUGCUGUUGUGCAAGAACAAUGGCCGCAUCAUGCGAUAUUUUAGGUACUUAAUAUUAACUACUAAGACCAAGAGUCAUUGUUUGAAAAUUUAAGUUAUUACCAAAGAGCUGAUAGCUCAGUGGUAUUGGAGUUGGCUCCAGGGCUGAGGGUUUCCAAGG